AUGGCCUCCACUGACACUUGGAUAACUCCUCUCGUACAAGACCGAGUACAUCGGGACUUGCUCAAGCAAGAUAUGCAAGAAGAUCUAGAUAUUGAGUUCGGACAGCUCGAAGAUGUUGAUACUGAUUUCGGCGCUACCUUGAAGGAUACCAUUAACGUUGUCAACAAUGAUAACUAUCGUAUUCGGCAAAAGCAGACUGUUUUGGUAUUAUCAAAUAAUAAUCCUCCUCUCCGGCUUCCGAAACUUUUGAAGAUUCGAGUAUAUUGGGCAAGAUUGCUAGGUUGGUGA